ACCAAGCACGAAAAGCACCUUGAGAAUUAGGUUGAGUCCAAGUUGGAAGUGGAAGUUAGCGCCGGCCGUGGCUGAGCACCACCACCAGCACGAGAACACUUUCACUUUUUGCGUCAGAUGGCCGGGCCCGGGCAGUCGCACCUCGAACUCCGAUCGCAUGUCGAACAGUCCUUCCCGGCGCGCGCCACUUCGGGAACCUAACCUAACUCGCCGGAAUCAUCCCUUGAGAUCAGAUCGUGCGCGGCCGAGCAGACCAUGGAUUUGUUGCGGAGUUUUUACGUGUUUACGUUAGUGUUGCAGUUGCUACUGUCGUUGUGUUCGGACGGUGUGAGGACACAGGACACUGGAUUUGAGCUUCCCGUCCAGCUGAUUGGAUUCCCGGUCAUUAUCAUGUCCGUCAAAAUGGCAAACUUUGUUAAAAAACUUGCCUAUUCCCUUAAUCCAAGAACUUACACUGGUCGUGUGAAAAGGCACGAAGCUGAGGUGCAAUUGACUGCAGAGAAACUCGCCGAGGCUGAGAAGAAACUCGUAGCUGAACUGGGUGAGAAUGUCUGCGUUUAUGAGAAUGUCUGUGAUAAGUACGCCUACAAGGCUAGGCAACAAAAUGGACACAAUCAAGCCAUCGACUGGGGUGAAAUGUUAAGGAGGUUCGAAAAUGCACCAGAAGACAAGAAGAAGUUCUACCUUCUCAGUGUGUUCAUCGGAGACAUUAUCGCAUCACCGAACUUCUGCCAUCAGUUGGUCAAAAGAGGACGGGGUUGCAAGUAGAAUUGUCUAAACCAUGAUGCGCCUGAUUCAGGAAUUCUUGUGGCAUAGGUUGGCUUCAACUACAUGUGACGUCAAAGAGCAAAAAUCAAGAAAUCAGAGAAAUUAUUCUCUGCAACGGGAUUGAAAUUCAAAAUACGAGUUAUGUUUUUCCCAAAGGAACCUUAAGUAGGUUGUCCUCAACCGAGCACCUACAUGUGGUGAGCGAUGCGUAAGAAUAAUGAACACCAAUAGUAAUGCAUUUGGGAAUAAAGAUCUCCUACUUUCGGCUCGUUCAUAAAAGCUCCUAUCUGCAUAAAAAAUCAAAUAACACAUAUUUCGUCUUUAAAAAGAGCCUGAAAUAGUAGCUUGCAUUCUCUUUGAAAAAUGCAUUCUAUUAUGACCUUUUGUGGAAAAGAGGAGCUUUGGAGUCAAAAUGCUCAUCGGAGCAGCAACAUUAAAGCCGGCUUAGAAAAUCUUGAGUUGAGUUUCGCGGUUUCUAGUAUCCUCGCGAAUGAAUCACAGCUAGCGAGGUUGUUUUCUGUACCAACAAAGUGGAUAACAUCUAAUUAUGAAUGAAUGUUGGACCGCUAGCAUUAUAGAUUAGAACUUUGGAUGAAUACAAAUAAUCUUCAAAUUACCAUAAUUCCAAUUCAGUCGAUAUUUUUGAGCGUUCUUGGUUUCAAAAUUGUGUUGAAAAACUUUGAAUAUUCUUAAAAUUAGCGUAUCGAUAUCAAUGCACUGAAAAAAAACUGCGGCUGUGGAAGCCGUACUUACGGGCUAUAUAGAACCAUAUCUGCGUUUCAGGCUAGAAGGCCGAAAUUUCUGGGUAUAGCGCCCAGAGCAACCAAUGAUUUGGAUCUAGCACGUGGAACUUUCGGCCUGAGAGUCCGGAAGGCAUGGAAUGUCUAUACAGCCCGUAACUUUUCUUCAGUGUGUGCGUGUUUGUAAAACCCAACCAAGAAAAAACAGAUGAAAGCAUCGUAUUUGCAGAGCAUGCUGUCCGUGAAAUUAUGAAUGUAUUAAAUUUUAUUGGAAUAUUUGUUAAUGUUAAUUCUUAGUUUAAAGAGAUUGAAGUGAAGAGAUUUAUUCAUAAAAGACUGUUCUAGGAUGUAGUGAGCUAGUUUACUCAUAGUUGUUACUUAAAAUUUUGAGAAUGUUUGCACCGAUGGAAAUUGCAUGAAAGUUCAACACUUUCUUGAGCAUAAAAAUAGCAGUACAGGUUUUAAUUUUAAAAGGGAGUGUUGAAUUUUUGUGAAAGAGUUUUUUGUUAAAUGAAUGUUGAAGGCAAAAGUAUCCAACACAUUGAAGGAACAUUGAAAAUAAUGAACCGUUGAUGUACUCAAUAUUUGCUUUGGCAAAUUUUUACAAAUAUGUAAAGCCUUGCAUUGUGAUUAAUAGUCUGAAAGUUGACGGUAUAAAGUUCACUAGGUAGAAUAGCUCUUCAGAUAUAACUUUACCUUGUAGUCAAAACUGUGCUUAUCAGGUAGAUUCAACAUAAUUUAAUACAGGGACUCUUAUCACUUGCGGAGACAAAACAGCUUUCAGGAGCCCUUCAUUUGAGAGCUGUCAAUGGCCCUGCCAAAGUUUAGAGCCCGGAAUAUACUCAUAAUUAAUUACAUAAAUCAAAUCAUAAACAUUGCAUGUAGCUGAUCUCUUUCUCAAAUUCAAAAUUAAUACUUCAAUCACUCAUAUAUAGACUUAUAUUAGUGUACAAACUUUUUCAUUUUUCAACUUUGAUACGCAAAGAAAAAAAUGGUGGCAGAAUGAUGGAAUUAUACCAUGAAGUGGAUAUCUAAGAGUUAGUGAAAUAGAGUAUUAUUUUAUUCUUAAUAUUCUAUUUUUUUCAUUCAAUUUUAAACGGGUGAAAAAUGAAUUGCUCAUAUACAAUUAAAUUGUUAAAAAUAACGCCCAACAUGUUUCAAAUGUUCGUUUACAAUAUAAGAAAGCUAAAUUAACCACGAGGGUGGUGAAAUUAGCAUUUUUUAUUGUAAAAUCCUCAUUGAGACAUGUUUUUAACUACAACAUUUUAAAUCAGCAAUUUUAUUUUUUCCGUGUAAUGUUUUUGUUAGUUUCUUAAAUUUGAAUGCCAAGGUGUCUUUUUGAAGCUUGUGUGGUAUCAGAGUAGGUACCUUAAUCUUGAUAAAUUUUUAUACUUUGAGCUAAAUGCAACGAUCUUUACUUUUACUGAGCAAAGAAAAUUCAUUUUUACGGUGCAAUUUUUACAGAUAUAUACGUGGUACUCCAAAUUCACUUAAUUAACCAUACCUUCAUCUCAUUUUAUGAAAGAAAAAUGCAUUUAAAAGAGUCAAAAUACAUAAUUUUCAGUGAUUCAAACAAGCUUCGCUGGCCUGUUUACUUCAGAUGGCUAAAGCCCAGUCAUGAUCAUGAUCCCCUAACAAAAAUUUAAAAAUUUUAGGUUAAGAGAUUUAAUCAACACGAAUCAAAAAUAUUUUUUAGUAUUGCUAAGAGACAAAGUAAAGGUUCUAUAAAAGUUUUUCUGGGACCUGGUGGAAUUUAAUUCUUAAUCUUUUCAGAUGUACCUGUUUUCUCUCUUUAUUUCUUUUUAGCUAUAAAAGUUUUUUUUUGCAAACUUUGAAUAUUCUUCUAGUUUCACCGUCAUUAUCACAUUCUAUUGCAUUGGUUAUACGAUAAUUACCCCUCCCCACUUAUUAUAAAGUCAAUUUUUUUUUUUAUUUUUACUCUUAGUUUAAUUUGUACGGGUUAAAAUAUCUGUAAAGGUGCGCAUUUAAACGAAACAGGGAAGUUCAUGAAAGGAAACUAGUUUUAUCAUAUAUUUUGGAUUUCAACCUCCUUUUAUCAAUUAUGUACCCUAAGUUUGUAACUGUGGACAAAAAGUAUGUUAGUCUCAAAAAGGGACUAACGGAACAAAGAUUGAUAUUAAUAUUACAUUUCGAACAAAUAAACCGAAAUAAAGAAAUAAAUAGUGAAACAA